GUUCUGUGUCCUGACAAGUCAGGUCAGAAUCUGGGCAGGGCUCCUGUGGAAGCCACUCGUGUGAUUCACUUGUGCAGCUGGAGCUGGAGGAGCCAGAGGUUGGGAGGGUGAGGAGCACGGAUUGGGGAGCUGCCCAGUUUGGUGUGAGUCCCCGAUCUGCCCCUUGCCGGCUCUGUGGCUUUUGGCAAGAGGACUCUGGCCUCAGUUUCCUUGUUUUCAUAAUAAGGAUAGAAAUGCUUAUCCCUCAGGGUUGUAACAGUCAAGCGAGAUGAUGUGUGUUAAGUCCCUGAGGACCUGUCCGGGCUGUGUGUGGUUUACAGUGGCACAAGGCUGGGAUAACGUACAUGCUCAUCAGAGUAGGGUCUCCAAGCAGGUGAACCCUGUGCAGCCACAGAAGAGAGUGAGACUGCUUCUCAGAGCAGUACAGAGCCCCAGUUGCAGAAGACUUGUCACCACCAUGAGCUCUGAAUGUGACGUGGGUGCUUCCAAAGCCGUGGUGAACGGGUUGGCACCGGGCAGCAAUGGGCAAGAUAAAGCAACUGCCGACCCUUUACGUGCACGCUCUAUUUCUGCUGUUAAAAUAAUCCCUGUGAAGACAGUGAAAAACUCUGCAGGCCUAGUACUCCCUCCAGACAUGGAUCCGACAAGAAUCUGCACUGGGAAGGGAGCGGUGACUCUCCGGGCCUCAUCCUCCUACAGGGAGAUCCCAAGCAGUAGCCCUGUGAGCCCCCAGGAGACCCCGAAGCAGGAGAGGAAAACAGUUCUGGAGUCAGAGAAUUCCUCAGAUGAGUGGAAGCUUUCUUCCAAUGCCGAUGCCAAUGGAAAUGCCCAGCCCUCUUCACUCGCUGCCAAGGGCUACCGAAGUGUGCAUCCCAGCCUUCCCUCCAGCAAGCCCCAGGUCCUCUCUCCCCCACGCCCUCCUUUCCGCAAAGGGGACCGCUUUGCAUGGCAGCCCCCCAGCACCCGCAGUCCCUCCAGGGACUCACUCUACCUGAGCUCACCAAAGCCUUACCUUCCACCUGGCACCCUCAGCCAGCAGAGCCCCUCACUACCCCAGCCCAUCUCUGUAUCCCUGGCAGCCAGAUCAGCCCCCCGAGGUGUGCCAUGUCCUGGGCCCCCGCUUCCAGGUUCCACAUUCCCUGGCGCUUGGUCCCAACCCCAGCAGCGCUGUGCAGCCGCCUGGACAGUCGAUAGAGAGAAUGUGAGCUCUAACCCACAUCAUGAGGCAGUUGGGAAUAAAAAGGUCAGCAGCUUAUAUGUACCUUGUUUAUCCCGUAACGUUUGCCCGGUGGCAUCGGAAAACCUCUCUGGUGUUGCACGUGACCCAGCCAAAGGCACUGAAGCUGCAGGCACUCGGGCACCGGCUCCCACCAUUGUCUCCCGCAUAGCCGGCACAGGGACGCCACCCUCUGCUGCUCCUCCCAACCCUCCCAAGCUAUCCUUUAACAUCCGUAAAGAUGCCGUUGGCUGUGGCCAGCGUCCUUCCCUGGGGCCUUGGCCUUCGUUCCCAGACGCGGUGAGAGCACCUGGGCUAGGCCCCCAGGUUACCUCUGAUCCCGAAAACCGGAAGAAAAAAGAACCUUACCUUUUGCAGCCGUGUUAUCCAGCCAAGGACGCCACUUCCUCCAGCCCAGCCCCGCCUGAGAGGCGGUCCCACCACAGCCAGCCAGCCAGCGCCCCUGGCUCCCUCCCCCCAGCUAGCCAGACUCCACCGUCCUUCUCACCGCCGCCUCCGCUGGUCCCUCCGGUCCCCGAGGGCCUCCGCAGAGUCUCGGAGCCUGACCUCACGGGAGCUGUUUCAAGUACCGACUCGAGCCCUCUAUUAAAUGAAGUUUCUUCAUCCCACGCUGGAACUGAUUCCCAGACCUUUGCAUCAGUUAGCAAGCCAUCAUCUGCCUACCCCUCCACGACGAUUGUCAAUCCCACUAUUGUGCUCUUGCAACACAAUCGAGAACAGCAGAAACGACUCAGUAGCCUUUCAGAUCCUGUCUCGGAAAGAAGAGUGGGAGAGCAGGACUCGGCACCAGCUCAGGAAAAACCCACCUCCCUUGGCAGGGCAGCCGAGAGGAAGGUGAAGGAUGACAGCCGGCGGGUGGCCAAGAGCACUCAGGACCUAAGCGAUGUUUGCAUGGAUGAAGUGGGCAUCCCACUCCGGAACACUGAGAGAUCAAAAGACUGGUACAAGACCAUGUUUAAACAGAUCCACAAACUAAACAGAGACACUCCUGAAGAAAACCCUUAUUUCCCUACGUACAAAUUCCCUGAACUUCCUGAAAUCCAGCAAAAUUCUGAAGAGGACAAUCCUUAUACUCCUACCUACCAGUUUCCUGCAUCUACUCCUAGUCCUAAAUCUGAAGAUGAUGACUCAGAUCUGUACUCUCCUCGAUAUUCCUUUUCUGAAGACACCAAAUCUCCCCUUUCUGUGCCUCGCUCAAAAAGUGAGAUGAGCUGCAUUGAUGGUGAGAAGGUAGUUAAGAGGUCGGCCACACUUCCCCUCCCGACCCGCUCUUCCUCGCUAAAAUCAAGCCCAGAGAGGACUGACUGGGAGCCCCCAGAUAAGAAAGUGGAUACAAGAAAAUACCGCGCAGAGCCCAGAAGCAUUUACGAGUAUCAGCCGGGCAAGUCCUCUGUUCUGACCAACGAAAAGAUGAGUCGGGAUAUAAGCCCAGAAGAGAUAGAUUUAAAGAAUGAACCUUGGUAUAAAUUCUUUUCGGAAUUGGAGUUUGGGAAACCGCCUCCCAAAAAGAUAUGGGAUUAUACUCCUGGAGACUGCUCUAUCCUUCCUAGAGAGGAUAGAAAGACUAAUCUAGAAACUGAUCUCAACCUCUGCCAAACAGAAUUAGAGGCAGAUUUAGAAAAAAUGGAGACGCUUAAUAAAGCACCCAGUACAAACCUGUCACAGAGCUCAGCAGUCAGCCCGACUCCAGAAAUUUCUUCAGAGCCUCCUGGAUAUGUAUAUUCUUCCAACUUCCAUGCGGUGAAGAGGGAAUCCGAUGGGGCUCCCGGGGAUCUCACCAGCUUGGAGAAUGAGAGGCAGAUUUAUAAAAGUGUCCUGGAAGGAGGAGACAUCCCCCUCCAGGGCCUGAGUGGGCUCAAGCGGCCAUCCAGCUCGGCCUCCACUAAAGAUUCAGAGUCACCAAGGCAUUUUAUACCAGCUGAUUACUUGGAAUCCACAGAAGAAUUUAUUCGACGGCGUCAUGAUGAUAAAGAGAAACUUUUAGCGGACCAGAGACGACUUAAACGCGAGCAAGAAGAAGCCGAUAUCGCAGCUCGACGCCACACGGGCGUCAUUCCAACGCACCAUCAAUUUAUCACUAAUGAGCGCUUUGGGGACCUCCUCAAUAUAGACGAUACGGCAAAAAGGAAAACUGGGUCAGAGAUGAGACCUGCCAGAGCCAAGUUUGACUUUAAAGCUCAGACACUAAAGGAGCUUCCUCUGCAGAAGGGAGACAUCGUUUACAUUUAUAAGCAAAUCGAUCAGAACUGGUACGAAGGAGAGCAUCACGGCCGGGUGGGGAUCUUCCCCCGCACCUACAUCGAGCUUCUUCCUCCUGCUGAGAAGGUGCAACCCAAAAAACUGACACCAGUACAGGUUCUGGAAUAUGGUGAAGCCAUCGCCAAGUUUAAUUUUAAUGGUGAUACCCAAGUAGAGAUGUCCUUCAGAAAGGGCGAGAGGAUCACACUGCUUCGACAGGUGGACGAGAACUGGUACGAAGGGAGGAUCCCAGGCACGUCCCGGCAAGGCAUCUUCCCCAUCACCUAUGUGGAUGUGAUCAAACGGCCACUGGUGAAAAAUCCCACAGAUUACAUCGACCUGCCUUUCUCCUCUUCCCCAAGUCGUAGCUCCACUGCAAGCCCUCAGUUUCCCAGUCACAGCAAGCUCCUCAUGCCAGCCCCCUCAUCUCUGCCCCACUCCCGCCGAGCCCUGUCCCCGGAGAUGCAUGCUGUCACCUCUGAGUGGAUCUCGUUGACUGUAGGGGUCCCGAGCAGGCGUCCUCUGGCCCUGACCCCACCCUUGCCUCCCCUGCCCGAGGCUUCUAUCUACAGCAGUGACCCUCUGGCCUUGUUUGCAAGGCCCAGCUCCUCACUGCCCCUUAACCUUCCCCAUUCGGGCUGGUCGGACCGGUCCACCCCACACUCAGUGGUCUCCCCGCUGGCCCUGCCGCCUCCGCACAAAGCCCACUCCCCAGUGCCCGGGGCCCAGGCCUCCUUCCACGUCAAUGGAGACAGUGGUACCUAUGUGCCAUCUACGGGGGUCCUCCAGGAUAGCUUCUCCCAGCCGUGGCUUGGCCGAUCUGACAGGGUCAUCUCAGAGCUUAGCGAUGCCUUUAGCAGCCAGGGUAAGCGGCAGCCAUGGCGAGAUGGAAAUGGAGUGCGUGAGAGGAAAGCAGAGAGGGAGGCGGGUGACAGAUGCCCAGGUGGACCCGCCAUCUCUAAGAAGAGCUGCUUGAGGCCGUCAGACGUGGUCAGGUGCCUGAGCACGGAACAGAGACUCACAGAGCUCCACACCCCAGAGGAGAGCCGGCCCAGCCAGCAGCCCCCGGGGGGCCCUUUCUCGGGAAGGGAGGCUGAGCGCUCAGAGCUGCAGAGAGGUGGUGAGCCGGCCGAGAGGAAGGCCGCUCGGACGGGUGCGAGCCAGCCUUCUCAUCAUUCAUUGAGAGCAGGACCUGAUCUCACAGAAUCUGAAAAGAGCUAUGUGCAACCUCAAGCCCAGCAGCGAAGAGUCGCCCCAGACAGGAGUCAAACCUCCCAGGAUUUAUUUAGCUACCAAGCAUUGUAUAGCUAUAUACCACAGAAUGAUGAUGAAUUGGAACUCCGAGAUGGAGAUAUUGUUGAUGUCAUGGAAAAAUGUGAUGAUGGGUGGUUUGUUGGUACUUCAAGAAGGACAAGGCAGUUUGGUACUUUCCCAGGCAACUAUGUAAAGCCUUUGUAUCUAUAAGAAGACUGAAAACUACAGAGAUGAUUUUUAUUGGAGGACGAAGUAUAAUUCAUGAAUUGGUCUCUUUAUUUAAAUGUUGAGUCAGUAGGAAAACUAAUGCAGUGGAUAAAGUAAGAAGCAAAAGAGGACAGAGAAGUGUUGUAUUUAAAACCUGAGCCUGUCGAAGCUUAUUGCGUGUAUCGGACAGGGCUGAACCAUGCAAAAAAGAAAUGAAGCAAGUCGGUAUUUACUUAGCUGUUUCUGGGAGCCAUGCCAGCCCUGCCCUCCUCUUCCCAGCUUGGGUAACCUGACUGGCAGCAUGGUCCCAGAGAGCAGUUAAGCCAGAACUGCCUCGUGCUGCUUCAGGCUUGACCAGCUUUGGCUCAGAAGGGUCAUUUAGCCUGCAGGUGCUCUCGGAGCACCAGGCAGAUCCCCAGCCAUCCUCUAAGGUUCCACACAGACUCCCCCAGUUGCCCUGGAGCCUCCUGGUCCCCUAACAUUGCUACAGAUCAGUUGGGGCCACCGAGGCAAUCCCUAAACAGUGGUGGAGACCCCAAACCCAAGGCCAAGUCCCCCACUGGAGGUAGGUGGGGAAGUAGAGGUCAAAGUAGGCGCCCCAUGCACUCAGCAUGCAUGCAGCUUUACCAUUGACACCCCUGAUGUUCAGACAGAAAAGCACACAAGGCUUGCCCCCGGAGCAGGGUGGUCAGGCAGAUAGUUCCAUUUGUAUUUCCAGGUGAUUAAGGCGAGACGCCUGUAGCUCUUGAGGUCCCCUGCCAUAUGGCUCCUUCCAUAUCACUGGCUUGUAUAAGCAGUCACUUUCAGGGCAGCAUAGUGUCACUUAUAGAAUGCCAUUUCUACCCUUGCUUUUCUGGAUUGUUUUAGGCCAGGACAGUUGGGGGUUGAUAGGCUUGUUCUUAGAACAAGGGAUGGUGUUCAGUGACUCAAUGUAAUACACACUGAUGUAUACUGGAUGCCUGGGGCCACCAACGAGCAAGGCGUGCUCCAGGCCUUAGAAAGGGUUCACCACAUCUCCAUUUUCACCAUGUCUCCCCCAAGGAGCCCAAGGACCACACAGAAUGUAGGAAUCCAGGGUUCUGAAUCCUGACACACCCUGUGAGGCUUCUCUUUAGAAGGUGCAGCUGCAGUGGCCCUACAUUUGAGGCUGUAAUUCUGCUACUUUCAGGAGGCCUGUCUUUUGUAGAGGGGCCAGAGCCAAGGAGGGAGGCCUCUGUGAUGCCUAGGGUGUACAGUCACAACUUUAUCCAAUUCAAGGAUGUUUAUCGACCUCUGUUAGACACCUUGGAGAGAUAAAGAUAGAAAUGACCCAUUUUCCUGCCUGCUGGGAACUCAGAGGUGAUUGGAGAGACAGACACACAAAAAUACUGAAUCAAGAGAGACUGCGAUAUGUGCUAAGAAGGGUGUGAGAGGAAGAGAUGAAUUUUCUCUGUAGGGAUCCUAGAAAGCAUUGUCAUAUUUCUCUCUCCAUUAGCUCACUUUUGAACAACUAGGAUGCUGGAAGAACCUUUGUCUGAGGGUAGUUUGUGGCUGGAAAUAUUUAGACCUGCUUCCAGGGUCUUCUAACUCUUCCUCCCCACAAAUUCACAGGGGAAGCAGUUCCAGGUUGGUAGGGUUGUGUACAGGACUCCUGGUUCUCCGCAGGUAGCUCAGAAUUGGCCUGAGGUCCCAAAGUCUGGAAUCUUUCCAAGUGGGCAAAGUUCAUCUUCAGUGCCUCAGCUUCUGUCUCCACUAUUCAUCUUAGAACCUCUGAUCAGCUGACUACCCUUCAGACAGCCACAAUCCUCGCUCCCUCUCCUUCAAAUCCUGCUCUCAGGAAAGCAACUGCCACUGACUCCUUCACACUGAAUUGUGAAUGACAGAUGAGAAGAAUGUGUUACUUCUUCCCAGAAACAUUGGUUUUUAACUAGAACAGAUCACAGAGCCUUAAUUCCAAGGGGAAAGGCUGUGGAACCAAUGGUGGAGGGUAGGGCUGGGGAGUGCAGGUAAGGGUGGAUGAGCUUCCUGUGUCGAAAGGGACUUCUUGCUAUUCCUUAAGUAAGACUCAUUGCUUUGGAAGGUCCACCUCACCAUGCAAGGGCGCUCUGUUUCUGUCCUCCCCCUUCGAAUAUAGACCCCGUGCAUAUCCACAUACACUUUGCACAGCAGCGCUUCACAUGUUUUGGAAUGUAAUUCUUAUAUUGGCUAAUGUGUUUCCUAGUCUUUCUUAGAUGCAAACCAUAACACAACCUUAUCGGUUUUUUUGAGGGGGUGCUUACUAAGUAGCUUAUUGAUUUUGAACACCUCUUUAAAUACAGCUAGAAAAUAAACCAAUUUGUAAAGCCACAUUUGCAUAUGACGCCAGCCUCCCAACUUUGUAUAUCUCCGGAAUCCCAGGUAUGCCUCACCAGUUUGCCCAUCUUUAAUAAACUCAUCUGUUAAAAUCUGCAUCAAACUUCAGCUGCCUACAUACGACAAAACGAGGAACAAAGGGUUCCAACUGCUCCUUUGUCUUCACACAUUUAGUAAUACAAAAUACCUAUUUUUAUGCUGAGAUAUUUAUACAGGUUUAUUAAUCGCAAGUGUAACUAACUGGCGGCAUGCCCUACAACACAUUUUAAUAGCUUAGCCAUGCUUCUGGGUAAAAGCAGGCCCCACACUACUUACCUUUUGCAGUCUCUCUGGGAUCAGUAAGAGAAAAAAACACAUGCUUAAAGAAGUGGGACUGUAAAUAUGUAUAUUUAACUUUGUAUAGCCCAUGUACCUACUUUGUAUAGAAAAAUAAUUUUAAAAAUCUGAACUGAAGGGGAGGGGGGUAUAAUAAGGAAGUCAUGACGUUUUUUGCAUAUUUAAAUGAAGGAAUUCCAAAAAACUUACCUGCAGAUUUUUAGCACAAAAAUACCAUUGUAAAGUGUUAUAAUUUUAAAUAAUCAUUCUUUCUGGGAGAGAAAGUAACUGUUUUCUCAGUUAUAGUGAUUUCUUCUUAUUUCAUUUUUGAUUUUUUUUUAGCAGUCCUAUUUAUCUGCAGUAGUAUUAAGUCCUAUUGCUAGGUUACUACAAAAAAGAUUAUAUUCUGAAAGAAAAAUAACUGACAUUAUAUAUAACCAAUUAAUUUAAAGUAUUGCCAUUUAAAUUACACACCAAGAGCAUGUACCAUGCAGACACAGAUUUUUCUGUUCAUCUAUUUUUCUUUAUGCAGUGGAUCAAUUUGACAAAUAGAUGUUGAAUUACUACAUUGGCUGUACAUAAUAUUUAAUAAACUUCAUUCAAAAUUGUGUGGCA